GGCUGGGAGCUGCGAUGUCACUGCUGCUGAGACACAAAUCGCAGGUGAUCUCCACAGACAAGCCUCUUCCAGAUGUUUGUUCCCAGGCUAUGUACUUUCUCAGGUGGUUCUGAGACAAAGCAGCAGAACAGAACAACAUGGCCGACCUACCUGCAGCAGGGUCUCAGUCACUCUCUCGGUCGUCUAUGGAGAUUUACCCCAUAGAGCUCCAAGGUCAGAUCACUGCAAUUAAGGGCUCCUGCUUUGACCUCCGGUCCUCUAACGAUAUAGGAAACUACAUAGCACCGUUAAUGUGUUAUGGUAAUUUAUUGAGAUCUACUGUGGAUAGAGCCUGAUGCACAGUUGACCUCUGCUAUGAGUGCAUGUACACAGUUUGGCUCUCUGUGCCCCGGCUCACACGGAAACCUGUGUAGGGGAAAUUACAUGUGAAAUCAGCCUGGGAGGAAGUCAUGCAGGCUAAUGGAUGUUCUCAAUGCUUAUUCAAUCAUGUCUCAAGAGGGUUAAGAGCCCGGGCACACUGACCCAUGCGACCCAUGUGACAGACGGACGGACGGACUCACCUGGGUGGGCAGCAUCUUGAAAGUUGUUGUAUGUUGGAUUAAUUGUCAAAUUAAUUUGAACCUCACAUUAACAGAUGUAAACAUGAACUGUGAAAAACACAAAUACCUCUUUAUUAAGCAUAUAAUUCAAUUGGCGAGGUGUAACCUGAGCAUUUUCAUUUGAAAGUAAUUGCAGGAGGGUAGUGAUGAAUUAUUAAUGCAGUGGCAGCAGUCGGAUCAGGAUUGCACAAUAGUUAUGCAGUGUGAUUAACUUCCAGCUAAUUGUCAGUAACAGAUCAGUGGAAAUAACUUCCUCAUUUUGUCCUAAGUGACUUCACACAUCUGUCCUCUGUUUGUCCAUUAUUUGUCACGGUAUUAGACUGUUGUCACCAAACACCGUGAGCACCCUUGUGAACAGUAUUUCAGUCAUAGUUCAUUUUCUACUUGAGUAAAUAAAGGAACCCAGGACAGCUGUACUCUCCAUCUCUAUUGGCUGGGACCGCAGCCAGGAAUUCUACACACACAAAACAGCAGAUAUGUCAGACAAUCUACAAACUCACACACACACAAACACAAACCCCGCCUGAUGUCCAAGUCUAAAACCAGCUAAAUGUUUCAUGCCGAAAUGUUAAAUCUUUGCAUCAAACAGACUGAACUCGCUAGUGGAGGUUCAGGGAGCGUUAGCGUUUGAGAGGCUGACACACAACACCACGCAGGGCAAUCCCAUGCCUGAAGGCCCUCAUGCAUUUUCAAUUGGGGGAGGAUGCAGCAGUCACUCUCUACAUAUUGUACUGUAGCCUUGUGUAGUAACCAUGGCAGUAGCUGCGUGUGGAACUGGGUGCCACUUGCCCUGACACAGGCGUCCCUGAAGGAGACUUGUACAUCUGGCUGGUGCCUGCCUAUUGAAAUAAUAUGCUAAUUCAUUCUCCAUACAGUAUGUGCUCUUGCCACUUCAGGGGGAGUCACAUCUCUUUACUAAUUGAAGCAUUUUGAAAUAUUCCAUUCAGGUAACCUCCAUGUUCAACUAGCCCAUUGUUCUUGAUCUGGUUACCUGGAAACUAAAAAAGUAAAAAGAGGCCCCACUUCACAUCAUCACAGGCAGGCAGGGAGGCAUUGAUGGAAUGAAUGGCAGUGUCUAAGAUCUCUGCUGGUUUAUAGAUGAAACCACCUGGAGAAAUCGAUGUGUGCUUUUGUGUGUGUGAUGACUGUUGGCUAGAGGUGAACUUGGGGAAACAUAAAGCCUCCUGUGUUAUGCUCCCUGCCUGCAGAAACUCCACCUACUGCAUGAAGGUGUCCAUGUCCUUGGCGGUGGAGGAGAAUGACGAGGGCCUGUGCUUCAACAGUAAAAUACGCCACCUGGAGAAAGCCGAGAUCACUAAAAGCAAGAUGAUCAACUGCCCCGACAUCGAGGAUUACCUCGCCCCUUACAAGCAGCCCCAGAUGACCUGGUUUAAGGUAACAACCCUUAUUCUCUGAAAAUUCCCAUAAGGCUCUGGUCGAAAGUAGUGCACUGUAUAGGGAAUAGGAUGCCAUUUGGGAUGCAGUGCUAGUCUUUGUAUAUGAACCGAUGAAGGUCAGCUCUGGUGGACUAAUGGGUAUCUUAUUAAACUAAACUAAAAAUAGUUGAAAGUGACAUGAUGUAACAUGGUGUGUGUGGUGUUGAUGUGGUGUCCUGUCUGUCUAGGAGUGUGAGAAGAAGACAUGGCGGAGCUCCAUCAUGGUGAACACCACCAACAUCUGGUUCCCUGAGGUGCAGGAGGACGACGGGGGGAACUACACCUGUGAGCUCAAGUAUGGCAGCCGGGUGGUGAGAAGGACCACAGAGCUCAAAGUCACAGGUGAGCCCCCCAUAUCAUGUGGUGUGUUUGUGUCUGUCUGUCUGUGUGUGUGUGUGUGUGUGUGUGUGUGUGUGUGUGUUUGUGUGUGUGUGUGUGUGUGUGUGUGUGUUUGUAUGUGCACAAUGCUAAAAAGAGUUUGACAGAUGGCCACGAUUAUCAUUUAGAAUGACGUGAUCUGAAAUCAGCUGCCGCGAACAGUGAACGUAAAGAUUUACAUCAAUGUCCAAAUGCAGGAUGCACUUUUGCACUCUUACACUUAAUAUUCUGAUGCCCCUUCCUCUCAAAGUUUGGUAGAUCAAAGAUAAAACACUGUGCGCUUGCUGUAAACCGGAUGCACUGCGGAGACACACCAUUUAUCACAGGAGCAUAGUGGAGCGUCACUGUGUGUCUGUGAUGCAUCAGCCCUCAGUGUAAACGCUGGCAUCCACCGUGACGUGAGAUGGAUUUAUUUAUUCACAUUUUGGGCUUGUGCCUCCUCUGCUGCCUCUGUCAUGAAGCAGACAGACAAGCAGGCAGGCUGGGAUUCCAGGCCAGUGAGUCUGACCCUUGGGGUGUGUGCUGGGUCCCUACUGCAGGAAGAGCAGCUGCCAACUGCAGUGUGAAAUCAACCCCCCAGCUCAUUCACCCUGCCUGCCUGCCUAGCCCCCCUCUGAAACAGAGCGGAGCCAAUCUGCUGGAGCCCCAAGACUGGACUAGGCAGGCAGCACUGACUCUGACUCUAGCUACACUACAAACAGAACAGAAACAUACGGAAACUACACACAACCACGAGUCCACCAUAUACAUACAGCAAUGGAAC